CUGCUUGCUGCUGGAACCCUGCCACCUCUGCUUCUCUUAUACCUCAGCUUGCCAUGGAAAUAUUCCAGUCUCAUCGGUGCAACUAUCCUGUUAAGACUCUACCUGACCCACCGACGCUGUGAUGUCGCCAACCCUUCCGGCUCUCUGCCUGCUGGUUUGUUUCCUCUCUGGCAUAAAUGCAUAUCCAGUUAAGCCUGCCAGUCCACGGGAUGGAGCUCCACCUGAGGAGCUUGCCAAGUAUUACUCUGCACUGAGACACUACAUCAACCUCAUUACAAGACAGAGGUAUGGAAAAAGAGAAAACCCAGACACUGUAUUUUCUGACUUGUUUAUGAAAGAGAGCACAGAAACGGUUCCAGGAUCCAAUUAUAUCAGGUAUGAGGGGCUCCCCGGUUGGUGAUCCUGUCUGCACCGUCACGUCCAGGAGAGCUUUAAUGGCGCCCCGAUAUGUCUCUUACCAACAUGAAACAAACUUGUGUUGCAUGAAAUAAAUUUCUUUUGUGAGUCCUUCUGGCUGUGCUUUAAUGUUUUGUCAAUUGUUGGGGGGCAGAUGGGGAGCACUUAUGUUCUUGGAUCGCAACAGCUAAAGCCAGGUUCCAGCGUCUUUAGUAGUUUCUGCAGUGAGAAUUUCAAUUUUAGGUUUGAUUUUUUUUGAAAACUCAUACGGUGUUUCUUCAUCGCGGCACAUCGACAACAUCCUUCUUUAGUACCAACAGAAAUGUUGUGUGAAUUUUUGAAAUACCU